AUCGGUGAAUCCAUUUCCUUUCCCUUUUCCCCCCGUCUAUGCUUACUGCUUCUUUCCGUCCGCCCAGCGGUGGCUGGUACUGUCGUCCUCCGCCCCCAAUGCAGCGCCGCGGCCGCUCACGCCAAAUAUCGCCAGUGGCACUAGCCAGGCAGGCAUCCGAAGAACGGAGACUACAUCAUUUAUGUGCCGAGAAACAGCGGGAAGCAGAAAUUGCUAGACAUACAAACUUCUUUGUGCCACAGACACAUCUCUUACCCAAGUUAGAGGAGGCGGACCCUUCAUCGACGUAUCCACAGGAGCAACGUUGUGGUUCAGACGCAUCAUCAGUGGUUCGCUCUCCUUCACGUUCUACACACUCCAAGGCCGCCUCCAUGAAGUCGGCGGACAAAUCUCCUUCGUCUACCCGCUCUUUAUCCCCGACUGCUUCAGGGUCUCUAGGGUCCGCUGAAUCAUCAGCACCGUCUUCUAUCUCCCUUGACUCAUAUGACUCGCCUCCCUCACCCCCCCAAUCACUUGAGGACCAAGUACAAGUGGCUUAUGCGUUGGAUGACAUCCGUCUUGCCAAGAUCCUACUUCUUAAACUUAAAGGGAUCGAAGUCACCUCGGACAAUGAUCCUCGGAUAGAUGAAGUUCAAGAUGAGGAUUUCGACAUGUGCUUCGUACCAUCAGGUCCGCUCAAGCUUGAAGAACCUGAAUUGCUUGUUGUCCAAGAAACUCGACGGAGACAGCAACAGAAGUGGGAGGAGGCUCAACGAAGACAACGCUUGCGCAUGUGCGAAAGGAUUUGGGAGCAGGAGAAACACCGUCUACACACCGAGCGACUUCGCGCUAUUCGCCGCCGCGAGGAGGAGAUUGCUGUAGAGGAAGAGCGAAAGCGGAUAGCAGAGGUUCACAAGCGUCAAGAGGCAGAGCUCGCUCUUCGACAGCGUUCCACGCGGGUGGGGUUCUCGAUGGCUCAACGUCACACUGUAUCUUAUGGUAAAUUGUCGCAGGCACAGCUUGAGAGAUGCUCUUCGAAGCGUGACGAAGAUCCAUUUCAGUACAGCUUCAUGCGGCCCAUGAAUUUGAGCACAACCCCACCCAAGCGUGGUCUCACAUCCCCGAAACCCCUCCGUAAUGACACCACGCCGAAACCUUCAGGUGGCCAGCAGCGCACGGUGUCGUUCAAGGAGGUCAUGUCCUCUAUGGACGGUAAGCUGUUCCCCCUCGACGCAGCUGAGCGGGCGGAAGAGGCGAGGCGUAUUGCAGGAAUCAGUACUGUCUCCAGCCCUUCGCGGCACCAUCAUAACUCUGCGCGAUCUGAUUUACUGCUGAACCUGCUGCAUGUAGUCGAGUGGCAGGAAGGAGAAAGGAGAAAGGCGAAAGGCAAGAACGUGGAACGACCUGCGCAGCUUCUCGAGCAAUCUCCGCUCUGCAGCACUCCUGCCCCUAUACCUUCGAUCCCUUCGACUGACUCGAUACCCCCAAUGUCAUCUUCUAUUGCUACGUCUCGAUCGAACUCUUGGCUGUCCUUUGGCAGUUGGCGCUCGUCGGUAACAGACAUUACGUCUCCCGAAGCAUCUUCGCCUGUCACCGACUCGCCCAAGUGCUCCACGUCAUCUCUGCAGCUUCCCACUUUCUAUGACAGUCAGCGAGAUUUGAGCCCGCGCUCCUCCUUCGUCCGUGUUUCGCUCGAUGAAACGCCACUAUCGCCAUUCAAGGCUCAAAGACAUACUCGGGAGGUGCAAUUGUCUCGACCUACUGUCGAGGUACCUUCAUUAGCAGGUCAGUCUCGUGGAUUGGAGAGCAUGGGGAAAUCGCUGGUUCGACAUGUCAGUCGUUCUGUUCAUGGGAUAGUCGAUGUGGCGAAAGGACUUCAAUCAGCCUACAUCUCUACGACCAUGUUUUCCGUUGGCGCCGCUCCCUCCCUCUCUUGUACGUUUUCACACUCUCGAGCCAGCUCCUCCAACAGAAGGAAUUUCCGACCCUACGGCUACCGUGCUCGCCCAGGUGACGUGAAGAAAUUUACCUCUCUCACCACACCAUCACCAAUAGCCACCUCGCCUGAGCCGAUUCACUUUAUUCCUCUCGUAUCUCCUUUCCCACCGGGUAGUGCAUUAGUUGUACAUCGCUCGGCGGCUUCUCACUCCCUCAUCGUCCCUUCGCCCCUUCGCCCUCGCACUCCCCCCACUGCGCUCGCUUAUCGCAUGCGCCCCGUCGCGAACCCCGAACUCCUUCGUUUACGUGCACUCCAGAAUCUGAUGUAUUUGCGGGGCAAAGAAUGGGAAGGCCGCGGACGAGAAGGCGGGCUCGGCUGCGGUAAAGAGCGUAUGCUUGGCGUUGCCUUUGAAGGCCGGGGGCCGAGCGGCCUAGGGUGCGAGAUCCGCUUUGUUAUCGCGUGAUAACUUCCCUCCUCUGGUGGGACUUAUGUGUGUGGUGGUAUCUGGACUUUAUAAUCAGUUAUGCGUUGUUUAAUCCUAAUUGCUGGAACGGGACCUUCCAUUUUAGUUUUGUAGGAGUGCGAGGAGCGGAGUGGUGGUAGUGAUGAUCUAGGUGGUCCAUCUGUUGUCUGUAUCUAUAGAAUGGUUUUUAGCUGACGAUACCCUCGCACCACGAGCACGUACAUAUGAUUUUUUCUUUCUCCCUUGUCCAUAUUAUAUACCUGACCGGCGCUCUUCCAAUUGCGAUAUCCCAUCCAUCUAGACUUACCGCUUCCUUGUCUUGCGAUUCCUCCUACGUACUUCGUAUCUGCUUCGCCAUAGAGAGUUGAUCGAAUGCAAUCUCUUGUUUGUUCGUUU